CGGGCAGUAUUGAUUUGACUCUGUGACUGCGCAGACCUACAAUAUUAUCACGUGUGAUCUGUCAUUGCGCGGUGUUUCAGGGAAGCCAGCGAUUGAGUUUACAGAAAUAAAGAAAUACAAUUGAAAUAGUUGUGAUGAAAGACCAAUGAUUUUGGAACUUGUUGAGUGUUUAUUUGUAUUUAUUCGGCGGAGGAUUCGAAUGAUACAGAGAUAUUCCUUCUGACGCAUUCAAAAAAUAACAGAAUAUGGUCGACGUAACUGCACCCUUGCCAUCGACGAACGGUGGUUCCUUGAUGGGAAAAACACGUGGUGCCCUGAAAUCGAUGCGCACAGCCCUCGGAGGAGGUGGUGAAUACCUCCAAGGGCUUGGCAAUAGAAUUGGCUCAGCCCUCAGUAGCAGCUUCGAAGAGAGUGAUAUUACGACGACACCAUCCUCUCCUCCGUCGCCCUCUCCAGGACAAGAUUUAUCGAAAGAUCAAGUCGAUGGUGUUGCCAGGAGGAAACUUCGUUUGCCUCGAUUCAGUGGAUAUUCAUACGAAGACUACGAGGCGAUGGCCAGGCAGAAGCUAGAACGCCAAACGUACCCCGAGUAUUCACGAAAUAAUCGAAAAUUCCCACCAGGAAUGACUUACGAGGAAAUAGCUUCUUCGAGAGCGCCAAUAGUUCACAAAUCCGAAGUGAAGACUGACGAAGAGAUCAGUCCCGAUAGAUCGAGUGUAGAGAGCAUUGAGCCACUUCAGGAAAAAGACAUCAAAGCAACUGGCCCAGAUCCCUUUGACAAACUCAAUUACAAAACGGCAAGGGCCCCAGAUCGCUAUGAGACAGUCGUUUUUUGUUUAGAUAUUCCGUGUAGUAGUGGCUCAGCUAGUGAUCUGGAUGGAUAUGGGCCUAGUACGAGUUUAGAUUCGAAUAUGGAUGGUCGUAGGAUGUGGGAGAGAUCAGGGUCCUCUGGAUCAGUUCAAUCAUGGGCAUCGAGCUUGUCGGCUGACAGUCAAUCAGAAGAGGCUGCCGCAGAUUUUAUGAAAGCCUUUGUGCCACUUCUUUUUGACGCUCCCGAUACAAUCGAUCAGGAGCAAAAAGCUAACUUUGGCCAGAUGGUUCUCACUGAGUCCGGUAGAAUUUGGUUUGCGAGAGUGGUGAAUGCAAGGCGAGCACGUGCCUGUGUCUCCGAGGCAUCUUUUUACUCUUUGGCCCAGCACUUUGCACUGGCGCUUUUCGAGUGCCACGAGGCUGAUGACUUUGCACCGGCAAAGAGUCUCAUGAAUAUGUGUUUCACAUUCUAUCAUAAAGUGGAGGUACCUGGGCUUGAGCCAUACAGGGAAUAUCUGUACACACAUCUCAGGGUCCAACCGAUCUGGUCCUCUAUGAGAUUUUGGACAGCUGCAUUCUUCGAUGCUGUUCAGUGUGAGAGGGCCAUGAGGCCUGUCCCAUCGAGAUCAAAGGCGCUGGAUCAGGAGGCAUUGGCCGCUGAAGACCGCAGGUUCCAGGCGAAUAUUGUCUUCGGCCAAUUGGGGACUUUUACAUGCAACAUGCAUGCAUUUGGACUGGCACGAAGUCUUUGCUUGGAAUUCCUGAGAAAACAAUGUGUUAUUGCUAAUUUAACACCAGAUCAAGAGAAAAUGCUGCGCGACAAUAUUAUGCACAUGUUCGACGAGUCUGAGCCAUGGAGAUAGUGAGGGACGAGUCGAUGAUGAAUGAUUGAUACUCCGAUAAUCGCCUUCCAAAUGGUAACGGAUCAGACUGACUCCCAGUGAGGGGUAGAAUUAAAAAUAAUUAUUCCCAGUGCAGUGUGACAUUAAUUAAAUAGCCAGAUGAUUAUGGAUCGAUAAUAUCAGGUCAAUUGCCACAGGCAAUCCCGUUCGUUUUCUUCAAUGAAUUUCGUCCGAUCAUAUCACUACAGCUGCUAUGUAAAAUGUAAAAUUGACAAUAAUAAAUAUCUAUU